AUGACGUACGUGCUUCACCACAGUGGCGGAGCAGCGGCCUCGCCAGGCCUGUGGACGCAUGGGGUCGACCUCCUCCGCCAAACAUUCUCGCAGUGGUCGCACCUGGACAUCACGCAAGCCGGGUCGAUUAUCGCGUUGGCGGGCACGGUACCAGCCACGACGCGCUUCCUGAGACGCGUGUGGAACGACGUAUACGGAUGGGUUCGGCUGCUGUUCGUAUCGUCGGUGACGAUACCGGGGGGCGACCCACUGAACCCGAGCGUAGUGAAAUGGAUACUUGCCCACAAGCCGCGGCAUCACCGGAUGUUUACGGGCCGUACAGAGUUCGGACGGUCGAGUGGCGACCGGGCGGCGGCGCUCAAGAAGUCGCAGCACCCGAUCCAGUACAGCCCGCACUGGAAAUCGCGAUGGUUUCUCCACCAGGGCAACGUGAUUGUGGUGACGCGCGCGGCGGGCGACAGCUUCGGCGGGUUUAGGGGCUCCCCGGCAGCAUCAGACCCGGGGUACGACGGCGUGGGCGGCGAGGAUCUGACAGUAAGUUGCCUGGGGUGGUCCGCCGACCCUGUCAAGAAGUUCAUCGACGCGUGCCGCGAAUACACGGAUCGACAGGGCCAAUUCUUCGUCAUUGUCUACUCACGCGACCGCUACGGCAUGUCGUGGAAGCCCAAGGCGCGCACGCCCAUCCGCCACCUCGACACGGUGCACUUUGACAAUGCUGUCAAGGAGGAGCUGCUCGCCGACAUACGCAACUACCUCAGCCCGUGCACCCAGAAGAUGUAUCAAAGCCGCAGCAUGCCCUAUCGCAGGGGAUACCUGUUCUAUGGCCCACCAGGGACGGGCAAGUCGUCGCUGUCCGUCGCCAUAGCCGGCGAGUUCGGCCUUGACAUCUAUGAGGUCAAGACGCCUAGUGUCGGGUCAGACGCCGACUUGGAGCAAAUGUUCCACGAGAUACCGCCUCGCUGUGUUGUUUUGCUCGAGGAUAUUGAUGCCGUGUGGAAGGAUCGUUCUGCUUUUAACAACAACAAAAAGACCAACGCCGAUACCGCCGCUACUGCCCCGACAUGCACCCUGUCCGGUCUGCUCAAUGUUCUCGACGGUGUAGGCUCUCAGGAAGGCCGCAUCGUCAUCAUGACCACCAACCGGCCCGAGGACCUGGAUAGCGCCCUGGUGCGUCCCGGCCGUGUCGACAUGAAGGUCUUCCUGGGCAACGUGAGCCGGCAGUCGGCCGUCGACAUGUUCAUGCGCAUGUUCUCGCCCGAGCUGGGGGUCAACUCGGACACUCGCGACCCGGCCGAGAUGCGCCGCCUUGCCGACCAGUUUGCUAGCCAGAUCCCCGAUGAUACCUUCACACCGUCCCUCCUUCAGGGCUUCUUCCAAACUCAUCUCAGCAGUCCCCACCAGGCUGCCGACAACAUAGCCGCUUGGGUACAAAGGGAGAUGGCAUCAAGAAAGGGGGGCGAUCCUGAUUUCGAAGUUAUAACGAACAAGAACUGA